AUGGAGAACCUCAACGGCGCGGUGCUCAACCACGGGAGGGGCCCGAAGGUCAAGGUGCUGCUGGCGGAGUCGCCGAACGUCAGGAGCUCCCCCCACACGCAGCGGCAGGUCGACCUGGAGCUGGCGUUCGACCCGGACAAUGUGCCGCCGCGGUCGCGGCUAUUCCUGGUCGUGCCCAAGACGGCGGACGCGCAGGCGAUCAAGGAGGACAUGGGCAAGUGCGUGGAUCUGGAGUAUUGCAAGACGGACUUGAUCGCCUCCAAGGGCGUCGUCUUCUGCAAGUUCCAGAAGGCCUCGGCCGCCCUGAAGGCGAUGGAGGACAUCUGCGAGACCGGCACGCUUUGUGGGUACAAGGUGAAGUGCAUGCUCGCUGAGCCGAAAUCCAAGCAUCCGCGCCUUGAGGGCCUCAUGCACGCCAGCUUCGGGCCCAGUGUCCAGACACAGCUUGACUUCACUAUGGGAGGAUUGCACCUCAGCGGGCCGCAUACCGCUAGAUCUGCUGUCCGUGGCGACUUCAAAAUUCCUGCAUCGCCCUCCGCGAUUUCCUGUUACGGUGGUUACCCCCAAUACGCAGACACGUCACAGGCAGCCAUGACUCAGAUGGGCGGGUACCCCGACUACGGAGGGCUGAGCACCAUGAUGCAAGGGGUCUCGGGGUUGGCCAAUCUGGGAGGCGCCCUGAACGGCAUGAGCGUCGGAAACUUGGCAACCAUGCAAGCCCUGAACGGCAAAAUGGACGCCGUGAGCAUGGCGCCGCAGGGCGGCGCUCCCGGCCUUGGACAUCUGGGCGCGAUGCGAAUGAGCGCUACAGGCGCCAUGGAAAGCAUGCCCGUCAUGAGCAUGGGCAGCGUGCCGCCGAUGGGCAUGGCGCCGCAUGACUACACGGCGAUCAGCUCUGGGUUGUCACCUGGCGGCAGCCCGCCCAUCCUCAGCAAGCAGCGCCUCUUUGUUGUCGUGUACAAGGGGGUGAAAGAGGAAGAGCUUUCCAGGUUGUUCAGACGCUAUUCCGGCAUGGAGUAUUGCGAUCUGAAGAAAGACAAGAAGACAAGCAAAUCCAAGGGCUACUGCUACGUCAACUACUCGACACACGAAGCCGCAAAGGCGGCCAUCCAGGCGCUGAACGGCAUCGAAUUCCCGCCCCACUCGGGACACCGCAUGAAGGUCAUGUUUGCUGAGCCGCUGGGCGUCAGGAGCGCGCCCUCGUCCCCGGGCAUGUGCGCCCCGAGCGGCGGCGGCCCCCCCGGCGGUCCCAUUCCGGCUUACGACAAGCGCCUGAGGUCCGUCGGACAGGGCAACGCUGCAUGCGGCUGUGCGGCCGAUUUGACUGCGGCGCCUUAUGACGAGAGCGAGGGAAGCGUGGGGAGCGACGGCGCCCCGCUCUUCGAGAACGAACCGGAGGACGACAAGAAGGUGUUCACCAUGCUGAGCCGGCAGCUGCCGGACUACGCAAUCCGCCACGUCUUCUCCAAGUGCGGCGCCGUGGAGGGCGUCCGGCUGCACAAGGACCGGCGCUUCGGCGUCGUCACCUUCGCCUCGUCGGAGUUCGCCAAGUCCGCUGUCCAGAUGCUCAACGGGACGGACAUCCUCGGGGAGGGCCUCACCGUGUCGGCCAGCCCCAUCGUCCCCUCCCCAUCGCCGGAGUGCCCUGCCACGGGCACGGGGUGA